AUGAAAUUGUGCUGGCUUUUUAUUAUCUACUGGAUUGCGAUUUUGGAUUCGAGCAAUGGAAAUCAGGUAAAAAACAUGACAAAACCCGACAGAUCACCAAGUAAAUUCUUAGCGAAGCAAAAUAAUGACAUAACUAUAAAAAUUAUGAUGCACAUAGAUCAGCCACUAACUAAAAAAUUAGCAGUGGAAUACAGAGUAAAUACAAGAAAAAAACUAAAAUCAGUGACACAAAAAAUCUUAGAAGAUGUUAGAAAGUUUUUCAUUCAUAGAAGUUUGAAUCAAACUAUUAGAUUUAAGUUGAUCGAUACGAAAUUUCUAAGAAACAGUGAAAGAGUAGCUUUAGAUGAGAAUGCACCGAAGUAUUUGAAAAGUUAUUGCGAAUGGCAAAGUGAAAAGAAAAUGUCUCAGAAAACUUGGUAUUAUUCUGUGCUGUUGACUGGUUUAGAUCUCUUUCAUGUGAACAAUGGAAGAAAAAUUAGGAGUAAUUCAGGUCGCGGUUACACGAAAGGUAUUUGCAACGUCAAAAAAAGCUGCGCGAUUGUAGAGUGGGAUCCUAAACUUUCUGGAUUUUUACUAGCCCAUGAGAUAGGACAUAGCCUCGGCAUGAGACACGACGGUCCUCCAUACAAUCAAUGCAAAAGUCAACAGAAUAUUAUGGCCCUUAGACAUGAUUUUAACAAGCAUCCUAAGACCUGGUCUCCCUGUAGUUGGUAUUCUUUGAAGCAAUUUCUAAAGACGAGUAAAGCAUGGUGUGUUAAGCCCGAAACUAUAAAUAGAACUUCUUUAAAAUUUCUUCAA